AUGCGUUUUACCAAAAAAGAUAUUGUAAAGUUGCUUGAAUACGGACGAGCAUUCUACAAUCCAUCAUUAACUGCAAAAUCCAGACUUAAUUUCGUUAAGAUCAUCAAAACUGAAGCCUUUCCAAAUGCAACAAUCGAGGAAUUGAUUGAAAAAUUUGACUUCCUUUAUAAAAAGUAUCAAGCAUUCAAGUCUGGAUCUGAAAAGAAGUUUGAGUACUAUGCAAUGGUAGAUAUGGCAGUCAAUUUAGCAAAUAAAAAUCACAUUCCAAAAGCUGCAGACAUUGAAAUACUUUCUGAUGAUGACGAUGAAUACAUUCCAGAAGAAGUUACAGGAAUAGAACAGCCAAAAAUCAGCACAAAUAAGCGAUCUAAUGAUGAAGACAUCCAGACUGGCGCGAAAAAGAUAAAACUGGAUGUUAAUUAUGUGCCUUUCCAGGAAAAUAACAUUCCGAUUGUUCCUAUCCAAACCAACGAGAUCCAGUGUGUGAAAAUUGAUGAAAGCGUUUUACAGGACAUAGAAUUGAAUGUAACAAAUGCAGUUCUUGAAAGUCUCAAGAAGGAAGACGAGGUUAAGGCACAGUCAUUGAACGAAUCCUUCCAAUUAAUGAAAAAUGAAUUACGGUCACUUAUUCAAAAUGGAACCACUGAAAUCGUCCAGAUAAUGCACAAAAAGGAGAAGGAACAUCGAUUGAGUGAUGUCUAUGUCAUGAUAAAGACGUUACUUGAUGAGCAAAUGGAAGCAAAUGAGACAUUAAAAGAGAUUAAGACAAUUCUUAAGUCAACGAUUGGAGCACAAAAAGUUCAACAUGAUGUGGAUAUAAAACAAUAUGAUGCAGUGAAAAAUAAUGAAGUUUUAUUAAAGAAAGUUUUGAGUAUUAUACAAGAGAAUAAUACAUUAAAAUAA